UAAGGUCCAGCGCAGCUCGAGCUCGAGGUGGUCAGCUGGAGGAGCUCAGCAGUUCCGUCGACUUCCGCCGCAGGGUUCCCCUCGCCGGCGUCUCGCCGCAGCAAUCCGAAGAGGAGAGCAGCCCUUACUCUGUCAGAGAAAUGUCUGCUCCAACUCAGCCACCCACUGAAGGGGCAGAAGGGGCUUCCCCAGGUGGGGGUCCCGCUGGCCCUUCUAAUACGAGCAGUAACAGACGAUUACAGCAAACUCAGGCACAAGUAGAAGAGGUGGUGGAUAUCAUGCGUGUGAAUGUGGACAAGGUCCUGAAGAGGGAUGAGAUACUGUCAGAGCUGGACAACAGAGCUGACGCGUUGCAGGUGGAAGCAUCACACUUUGAGAGCAGUGCUGCCAAGCUAAAGAGGAAGUAUUGGUGGAAAGACUGCAAGAUGAUGAUCAUGCUGGGAGCCAUCUGUGCCAUCAUCGUGGUAGUUAUUGUAAUCUACUUUUGUACUUGAGAAUGUGCCACUCCUUCCCUGUCCUCCAUUGCCAUCCAAACUCAUGUUCCUCUCCUUGUUUGCUCUCUCAACAGACUUCCCCAUCUACACUCCUCCAUCCCAACCCAGGCUUCUCCAUGGCCCGUUCCUCCUUUUUUGUUGCUUUCCUUUGCACUAUGCCCCUCAACACUAGAAAUGCUGCUCCUGGCGCAGUCUUGAAGUAACUACCUGAAGAGCAAUAGCUGGCACCUCCUCCAUACCCACUUCUUAUAUAUUCGCAAAUCCCUCCAAAGCCAAAAAGAGCUGGAGGCCAAGGGAAGGGGACGGGGCGUAGCUGUAGUGACAUGCCCAAGAAAGUGCCAAGUUUGG